AUGUCUGACGCGCUGCGCUGUGCUGUGGCAGGGGCGGAGGUGUGCGAGGGCUGCGGCCGCGAGAUCCACGACCGGUUCGUGAUGCGCGUGUCGGGCGCAUCGUGGCACGAGCACUGCCUCGCCUGCUGCGACUGCGGCGCGCUGCUCUCCGGCUCGUGCUACCUGCGUGCCGGCAGCCUCUACUGCAAGCACGACUAUGACAGGAAGUUCGGCGCCAAGUGCUCGCGGUGCGGCGAGCGGGUGCUGCCGCACGAGCUGGUGAUGCGCGCGCAGGCGCACGUCUUCCACGUGGCGUGCUUCGCGUGCGCCGCCUGCUGCCAGCCGCUGCAGAAGGGCGAGCAGUUCGUGGUGCGCGCCGGCCAGCUCUACUGCCGCCACGACUUCGAGAAGGAGCUCUUCCUCAUGCACCAGGCCAGCCCCUCGGCAGUGGAGGACGACGUGCUGGACGAGAACUCGCGGCCGCGGGACGGCCGCCGCGGGCCCAAGAGGCCUCGCACCAUCCUCACGUCGGCGCAGCGCCGCCAGUUCAAGGCCAGCUUCGAGAUCAGCCCCAAGCCGUGCAGGAAGGUGCGUGAGGCCCUGGCAAAGGAGACGGGGCUGAGCGUGCGGGUGGUGCAGGUGUGGUUCCAGAACCAGCGGGCCAAGAUGAAGAAGCUGCAGCGCAAGGCGAAGCAAGAGGCGUCCACCGGCGACCACAAGGCUGGCAACGGCACCGCGGAGCGCAAGGCUGCAGACAAGGCGGGCGACACCGACAACAACGGCAUCAAGCAGGAGCCCGGCUCGCACCACAAUCAGUACCUUGGCGUCAAUGGCCUAUCUGUGAGGGAUCCUGAUGUCAACUUCACACCAUCUGGCAGCCAGCCGCUCAACCCCAAUGUUCCCUACUCACCUGAUGAUGGUUACCCUAACCACUCAGGGGAAAGCUUCUGCAGCUCUGAUAUUUCACUGGAUGAUAGUACAAAUUUUGAACAGCUAGAUGAAGGUGGCUCGGACAGCAUGUCCCUACAGAAUCUUGAAGUGCAGCACACUCAUCAGCAUCCUCCACACCCACCACCUGACGUUUUACUUCCUAGUGUUGUUCAGGUUAACCCAAUAGACAAACUCUAUCUCAUGCAGAAUUCAUACUUCAGCACGGAACAGUGACUGUUGUAGUCUUCUGGAGUGACAUAACAAGCGGAAACAGAUUUUACAACAUGUGCUGCAUUGUGUUCUCCCUUCAGUCAAGCCUGCUUACAUGUUGUGAAUGGACACAGAAAACUUCAACACUCAAAAUGGAGGGAAGCAUGUGUUCUACUUGCUGAUAACUUGCAUAGACUAUUGUGUAAACCAAAAACUGCUUAAAGCAAAUAUGCUAUGUAUCUAAAACAUUAAGGUCAGAAGUUCAUUUUCAACAGAUAACUCACGUUUGAACAAAAAACAGGAUUCCUACCAAAGCAGACAGUUUUUUGCAUUACAAUAUGAAGAACAGCAAAGGAUUGUAAAACAAAAAAAUAUACAUAAAAAACUUAUCUACCAUCUUUGAAUUGCAAUGAUCAUGUAUAAAAACAGACUAAAUGACAGUUUUUAUUUUUGAAAUAUGUACCAGUAUUUAUUACCAAACAAAAUAUCAAAGCCCGAAGAACAUAAUAUUUCCAGUUUAUUGCCCAACUUCAAUAUACAACUAAACAUUUAACCUUAAAGAGCAGUAUGUCUCCAGAAUGAAUGCUUUAAGUAAUCAAUGGAAUGCCUCCUAAUUAAUGCACAAUGUCUGAAUAUUUAACAAUUACAAACCAUACUUUCUUUACUGCAGUUAAAUCCUGAUUAAAAUAUUACUUAAUGUCAUAAAAACCAAAAUUUACAGUUUUCAACAAUGUUUAUAAAAUACAUUAGCAUUUAUGAUCUGUUUAUUAUGAUUUGUAAUUACAUACACUCACUGAGGCUAAAAAGCAGACUCAUAUUGGUAAUUGACUGCCUUUUUAUUGAGUUGCCAAAAAAUAUGGACAAUGGAAAUCAAGUUUUUGUCACUAUGUGACUACAGAGUAACUAUGCUCAUUAACAGGAUUACAUAAAAGGACACAUAUCUCCAGUUUUCUUUUCCUUAAAUUUAAAAACUGGAAAUGAACCUGCUGAUCUAAAUAUGUAAGAUAAUGAACUGCUGAUUUUACUCUGUACACAAAUUACUGUGGGUAACUGGAAUUCCUAUAUGUGAGGAAACUAGAAAAAAAUAUUCCAGUUAUAAGUAAUGGAUUUUUGUGUAAGGUUACAGGUAAGCUAUUGCUUCUAACUAUAGGUGGCUUUAUACAUUUUGUAUGUACAAAGAACAAAGCCCUGUCCCAUUUGUGUUGUGUUGUAUAGUGUAUCUUCUUGCAAUGUUCACUGCUGCACUUAGUAGUAAAUAAUUGCUACAAAAAGGUCCAUAUUUUGUACAAAUGCAAUUUGUUCUUGU